UUCCCUGGAGGAGGUGUAGUGUUCUAAAUUUCUGAAGGCAAAACUUUUGGUUUUUGUAAGUAAUAAGAUUCAUUUACACGCACUGUGUUAUACCAACAUUUUUUUGCAAAACCAAAAAUUUUGAUGGUUGUGUUUCUUUGUACCCGUGCCUGCGCGUGCCAUGUUGAAAGCUUAAUAUUGUUUUGAAUUGUAACAUGCUAAUCCGUUGGCUUUGCCGGCCGGUAUUGCAAAUGUGAGCUCUGGCGGUUAUAUGUUGCGUGUUGAGUUAGGGAUUGUUUUAUACGACGUGUUGAUUGCGUAAGAGUUAUGCCGAAUACUCGUGCCUAAACGUGGAUACGAUUGAUGAUGGAAUUAGAAGUUGUGUGUUCCUGCGGACUGCAUUAUGCUAUUCGCGCGUUCGUGCAGCGUGUGCACACGUACUGCGCUUCCUUGUGAAAUUUUGUGCGUGUUUCACAGUUUCGGGAAAUAUAUUUUGUUAGUGACAUGCUUUCGCUAUUUCAGGACAGGUUUAUGUUAUCAGAAUUUUAUUUUAGUCCAGUGUGUUAGUGGUUUAUCUAUUCGCAUUUAAAGGUUUUAGAAGGACACAAAAUAGCUACAUUUGUCUGUUGGAGUUAUGGCGGAGGGGAACGGCGAAAUUUCGAUGGAAGAUAAAGUUGUAAAAGAAGAAACCAUAGAAAGGACAGAAGAUUAUUCAAAACUUUUGGAUUAUGGAUUAGACCAGAAGGUUGCUGGAAAACUUGAUGAAAUAUACAAGACAGGUAAAUUAGCCCAUGCAGACCUUGAUGACAGGGCUCUGGAUGCUUUGAAGGAGUUUCCUGUUGAUGGAGCACUUAGUGUCUUAAUACAGUUCCUGGAAUCUAAUUUGGAGCAUGUAUCAAACAAGUCUGCCUACCUUUGCGGUGUUAUGAAGACAUAUAGGCAGAAGAGUCGUGCUGGCCAGGGCUCAGGUCCAGGGGCCCAAGGAAAAGCACCCGAUGAGGACAAGAUAAAGUCGAUUUUGGAACGGACAGGGUACACGUUGGAUGUGACAACCGGCCAGAGAAAGUAUGGUGGGCCACCUCCGAAUUGGGAAGGUCCUACACCGGGUACAGGUUGUGAGGUUUUCUGUGGGAAAAUUCCAAAGGAUAUGUAUGAAGAUGAGUUGAUACCGCUCUUUGAAAAAUGUGGUACAAUUUGGGACCUGAGGCUCAUGAUGGACCCAAUGACAGGCUCGAAUAGGGGCUAUGCUUUUAUUACGUUCACCACCCGUGAUGCUGCUCAAAAAGCUGUAAAAGAGCUUGAUAAUCACGAAAUCAAACCUGGGAAGACUCUGAAAGUUAACAUUAGUGUUCCCAAUCUUCGGCUUUUUGUGGGCAACAUUCCAAAGUCUAAAGGCAAAGAGGAGAUUCUGGACGAGUUUGGUAAAUUAACAGCUGGUUUGACAGAAGUGAUAAUAUACAGCUCACCAGACGACAAGAAGAAAAAUAGGGGCUUUUGUUUCCUUGAAUAUGAGUCGCACAAAGCAGCAUCAUUGGCCAAGCGACGCCUUGGAACCGGCCGCAUCAAGGUGUGGGGCUGUGACAUUAUUGUAGACUGGGCGGACCCACAGGAAGAGCCAGAUGAAGCCACAAUGUCCAAGGUGAAAGUCCUGUACGUGCGAAAUUUGACUCAAGACUGCUCUGAAGACAAACUAAAGGAAUCAUUUGAGACAUAUGGCAAAGUGGAAAGGGUGAAGAAGAUAAAAGACUAUGCCUUUAUUCACUUUGAAGAUAGGGACAAUGCCAUAAAGGCAAUGAAUGCGUUGAAUGGCAAAGAAAUGGGUGGAUCGCCCAUCGAAGUGUCCCUUGCCAAACCCCCGUCUGACAAGAAGAAGAAAGAAGAGAUCCUGCGAGCACGAGAGAGGCGGAUGCUGCAGAUGAUGCAAGUGCGAGGAGGUGUGUCUCCACAGCACCCCAGCAUGAUGCCGUCUCCGAUGCCAAUGAGGGGCCCAGGAACUCCAGGCCCGAGGGGAGCACCAGCCAGCACAAUGAGGGGACCAAUGGGUCGUGGCGAUUAUGAUUAUGAUUACGACUAUUACGGUUAUGGGGAUUAUCGAGGUGGCUACAGUGAUCCAUAUUACGAUGAGUAUUAUCGUUACGAGGAUUACUAUUUCGAUUAUCCGCCUCCACCGCCUGCCAGAGGGAGGGGCAGGCAGCCUCAGCCGGAUCCGGAAGAAAUGAGGCACAUGGAUGGGAACCCCUUACUUCGUGGCAUGCGCGGUGGGACUCAGGCUGGUCGUGGGCGUGGAGUGGUAGCCCGUGGACGAGCAGGUGGGCCCCCAGCUCGUGGGGUCCCCAGGGGGGCGCAGCGCCCCGCAGCCUCCGUGGCCCGUGGGGGAGCUCGGGCAGCCGCGCGUGGGGGGGCCCGCGCCAAGGGAAGUUUACCAGGUGAGGACGGUAAGCGCAAGUUUGACGGGGGUCACCAGAACCAGGGGGAAUCUAAACGUCGCUACCAGAGCAGCUGGGGGAAUCAGCCCCUUGCGCAGCAGCCGCUCAGUAAUGCGUACGGACUGUCCGGCGUAAACGGCGGUGGCUACAGCUCAGGAGGAGACCAGCAGUGGUACCAGGACACUUAUUCAUCCUGGAGCUAAGUGGGACUAAUGGAGCCCAGUGCAGAGUGCCGAGGGGGACACAACUCUCCGGAGCCCUCCCGGUUUUAAUUGCUGACGCUUUAGGGUGAAGUACGGACCGUUUGUUCCGUGUGGUCGUCGACUAGGGUCUCGAGCUAAAGUCUCUCGAUCCUAUUCGACGACGCUCGGAAAAGAAAGAACGUGUCGGAAGUGAAAUGGAUUGUUGCUCAGUAUCGUAAGGAAAACCCACUUGUACGUUACAGCUUAAAAUGGUCUCCACAAUUUUUUUAUUGAGCUUUUUCAUUAGUUGUAACAACUGUUUCUUUCUUGUUGCUUUUGUGCUAUUAUAUAUCAUGUGUUUUACACAAUUGUUGUAGAAUUAUUUCUAGCGCAAUAAAUGUCUUAAAUUUCCAUAACCAAAACCUUGCAAUUUGGUUACAGAAAGAUACUGUUCUUGAAGCAUAGUUUCCAUAGUUUUAAGUUAAACAGUGCCUGUUGAGUAAUUUAAGAUGUAUAAUUAUGUUAGUUACAAAAUGACACUUCCCCCGUCAAACUCCUUGACACCCCCUAGUUCUGGAGACAUUACACCAUCAAAUGGGGGAUCCAAAUCACCAGCUGCAUAUAUCUGACCCCACGCCUUACUGUGGGCCCCCUUGUCACACCAUCGAUUUUUUAUUUCAAAGCAAGCAAGGCAUGGUUAUUGGAUUCCUGGUAUUCAUAUUUAAAUCUUUUGGUUACUGGUUUACCUUUGUCUGUUAAAAUGCCAGAUUUUAGUUAUGUGUUUUUACUUUUUAACUGUUGUUGCAAAUUAAUUUGUGUGGGUUGUAAUUGGCUUUGAAAUAUAUAAUUAUAUAGUCUUUGAAACUGAGAAUUGUACUAUGUAGGAUGAGAAUUUUUCUGCUACAUAUACAUACUUGGCUCUUUUUAAAUAAAUGUUUAUCGACAACAUAAUUGUUUAUAGAGUGGGUUUUUUUGACUGUGAGUGAUAUGCUAUGGUCAUGUGUGGAAUGUGCUGUGAACAUGUUUGGGAUGUGCAGCUUACAUGUACGAGGAAUUGAGGUGAUACUUGUUUAUCCUGUGACUGGCUGCACAUCCCUUAGAAAGUUGGUACUUUGUGUGACCAUAGAGCGAGUGACAUGUAUAUGUUGAGGAGUUCGUCUUGUCAGGCGAAGACCAUGGAUCAAGAGUAUGUUACUCUUGGGCCAUGUGAUUUUUUAAAUAUAUAUAAAUAAUAUAUAUUAACUGCUGCUAACAUUUCAACAUGUGAUGUGUGAUCUUAUUAGCAGUGGUUUUUCUUUUUUUUUUUUUUUUGACAUUGAUGUUACCGCAUGCCUGGUAAAGCAGCAUGUGAGAACAUUGUUCAAUCGUUUUUAUUUAUGAAACUAAUCAAUAAUACAAAUUAUGUUGUCAUGUUCAUACUCCACAAAUGCUUUGCUUGAUUUUUCAAUACUUUUGCAAUAUUUUUCCAGUUUGAAUUAUGCUGCCUUUAAGUUUUAGUGUGCUGUAGAUUAUCAACUUAAGUCUUAAAGACCUUUUGUUUUCCUGGUCCAGAAGUUUCAGGUAAAAUUUUCUGUGAAUUACCGGAUGUAUUGACUUGCAUGUCAAAAUAAAGUUGUAUGUGACAAAUAAAUGUUUAAAUUUCAUGA